AUGCAUUCAUUUUUUAACAAGUUCAUUACUCGGAACAGCUCACUUAUCCAGUUUGUCAAACAAUACGAUAAUUGCCUCGGAAGCAGGGAGCAAAGAGAGAGAGAAUUCGAUGCUGCAGAUUUUCACACCGUCAUACCGUGUGCAACGAAAUCCUUCGUAGAAGCUCAGUUUCAACAUGUGUACACUCACCAAAAAUUUAGGAAAGUCCAAGCACAAUUCAGAGGGAAGGCGAAUUGCAUCACAAGAUUAACGAACUCCGCUCUAGGUUAUUCAGUAUACGAAGCUGGAGAACAAGUUUCCAGCUCAAUAUUUAACAAGUUUACGGUUACUUACAACUCAAUAGCAGCCCAAGUGAAAUGCCAGUUCUUAUUAUUCGAGUCAAGAGGGAUAUUGUGCCGUCACGUGCUAAGCGUGUUAAGCUUUGAACGAGUAAUCCAAGUGUCACCGAGAUAUAUAUUGGAACGAUGGAGCAAGAAAGUAAAGAGGCGACAUGCACACAUCAAGAGAAGCCACGACGAGCCACUGUUGGAGCCAAGAAGCAAGUGGUUUGACGAAUUAAUGUUUUGUUCGCAAAAUAUUUGUAAAUUUGCAUCAGAAUUUAAGGAGCUGAUUGUCAUUCUGCACCAUGCCUACGAUAAUGUCAUGGUUGAGAUGGAAGAACUGAAAGCCAAAAGGAAGGAGACAUAUUCGUUAUCUCACGAAGAUGCCAACUUGGAAUCCGUUAACGAGCUUCAAAUUAAACCUGAUGCUGCAUCAGUGGUGCAACCAAAUUCCAGCCAAUAUCACAGAUAUGUUACGAAUUAUCAGUUCAGGAAACCAGCAACAGGGGAUAGUUUUUGUGUAUAUAGUUACAGGAUAUUGCAGCUUUUAGAGAUGCAAAGUGGACUUUUGACAAAAUGA